GCCAGCUCGCAUACAGUAUUUUAUCUUUUUCUUUUAUUUGCUCUCGCGAAAAUGGAAUUCUUUAAAAGUCUCAGCGCGAUAAUCUUACUCGUGGCCGGAUUUUAUGAUUUGCCGGUCGUACAGGACAUUCGAAACUCGACGACAACGACGACGACAACCAUCGAGCCAAAAGCAGCCGUCGAGCAUCGAGUCUGGACACAUCCGGCCACGGAGAAGCUCGUGGUAUUCGACGCCGCUGACGCACUGACGGGCAAGUUCUUCGCUCACGCCGACUGCGAUGGAGAUGAACGCGUCAAGGCGUGUCAGUUUUACCUCUACGAGGAUCUGCAGCCGAAGUACGAGUGCCGGAUCGAGCUGAGCAGUGUUCACGAGGCGGGACGCGUCGACGAGAUCGCGAUCGCGAAUCACGCCGACGGACGCUGGGCCGUCGUCAACUGGCGCGACGCGAAUGGCUCGUCGAGCGUGCCGGGCCUCGCCAUCCUGGACUGGUCGAGCUGCGGACUGCGGCGGCAGCCGUGGCAGCGCGAGGCGACGAUCCUCAAAGUUCUGCCGUUCAAGAGAGACGCGAAGUUCGCCGUCGUGCUAGUGGACAAGGAGCAGUGCCGCGACUCUUACUGCGUGACCAUCGUCGGUUUCGACGAUAAUAAUUCAGUGGCGUCGUCGUCGCCGCCGGUCGCCGCCAGCACCAUAACUCCGCUGUACGAGCGUCGAGGCAACGUCAGUUACGAGUAUCUCGACUUCGUGCUGCUCGAGGAAGAUAAGAUAACGGGACGCUACGCGCACUUCAUGCUCAUCGAAGACUUUCGCGAGCGGCUGGAAGACGAGGAGACACCAUCCGCUGCCUACGACAGACUGACGGAGCGCAUCACGAUUUUGAAGAGCCACGCCGCGGAUCGGAUCGACGGCAAUUACAGCGCGCACGUGAUCUUCGACUACGUGCACUUCCCCAAAGAAACGCAUCGCGGACACAGACGCGUCGCCUACUCGGCCGCGGGCACGGACGGCGUCGUCAGCAUGGCCGUGCAGAUGAAGGCGCGCAGCCAUCCCGGCUGGAUCAUUCACUGUCAGCAGUACAGGGUCGAGGACUUUCGCGUGAUCUACUCGAUCGACGUGCCGUACGAGCCGCGGGACAUGGCCAUCGCCACGACGGGAAAUCACCGGAUGCUGCUGACCUACGCCGAGUGCGUCGACCGAGACUGCCGCGGUACCCAGAACGUUUAUCACGCGCGAGGAGGUGGCUCCGAUUCCAGGGACGUGAAGUUCGACAAGCGCGAGUGCGACAGCGAGCUGAGCCGAGCCGAGGGUCGCAUUUACCGCGACGAGGACGAGCCCGACAGGUUUUGCUUGGCGACGGCUUGCUAUGACGGGGAUCAGAUUGACGCGCUUGAGAGCCCGUUCGACGUAACCGUUGACUGCUUGAAUUUAUCACUUCUCGGCGAAACGCCGAAAUAGUUCAGGAACUUUUUUUCAGCAUUCAGGGACGUUGCACGUGAAAUGAAUCUACAGUAAAGUCUUUGUUAUACGGAAAUAAAUAUUGUUUUAAAUAUCAUUUCAUUGACUGUGGCAAAAAUGGCUAUACUGACUGGGAACAUACUUGAAUGGUGGGAGUUCUCUGCCAAAUACGCGAUAAACAUAAAUCACUAUGAUACUGAUUAUACUUUAUAAUUAAUUAAACAAGAAGUAUACAUUUUUUUAUCAAGAAAUACAUCUAUUUCAAAGAAGAGAAUUUUAAGGUAGCAUUGGUGCUCGCAAGUGUCUAAGCCGGUCAAAGACGAAAAAUGAGGAUGUGUCCAAAAUUGUAGUCUCCGUUUACUGUGGCCUCCUUUCGUAUUCAUGCAUGUCAAAUAUAAUAAUUCUAUAUGCGCCAGAAAAAAAGGCAAAUAUUUGUUCAAAAUUGUUUGACAUUAAUAUUCAAAUUUUAUCCAUGCUUACUAGUGUGACAGAAUUUUAAAUCUUAAAAGUAUGAUUUAGUAACUAGGCGAACAUGUUAUAAUGUAAUCUAAAAUUGUUCUAACAAAAUGUAGCUUGUUAUUUUCAAUAAUAAAUCGUCUAAUUUUCUAUUG